UGGGGGAGGAGCAGUCCGGAGGUAACGUGAGUUGAACGUUGCUACUAGGUGGUGUGGCGCUCAAGCUGGAACAGGAGUUUGGAUCGACCCGGUACGAAGAAGGGGAGUCCCCGCGACAGGGUUCAUUGAAAAAUCCUUAGUGAUAUUGACAUGUUUCAAGUGACAUAAAUUAGCCAAUGACUCGGAAUGAUGGAUUCCCCGAAGAUUGGAAAUGGUUUGCCAGUGAUUGGACCAGGGACUGAUAUAGGGAUAUCUUCACUCCACAUGGUGGGGUAUUUGGGAAAAAAUUAUGAUUCAGCUAAAGUUACGUCAGAUGGGUAUUGUCCUGCUUGUAGAGAGAAGGGAAAGUUAAAAGCCUUAAAGACUUACCGAAUUAGUUUUCAAGAAUCUAUCUUUUUGUGUGAGGAUCUGCAGUGCAUCUAUCCUUUGGGCUCUAAAUCACUUAAUAACCUAAUUUCUCCUGAUUCGGAAGAGUGUCACACUCCAAGUAAGCCUCGAAAAAGAAAGAUCUUGGAAACCAGCUGUAAAGACUCACUUCUUUUAGCAAAUUCCAAAAAGACUAGAAAUCAUAUUGUUACUGACGGUGAACAAAUUUUGAACAGCAAACAUAAUGGAGAAGUAUGUGGUGCCAGCUCAUCAAAUCCAAUUAGGACAGCUGAUUGCUUGGAGCAGAGUGAGAUUUUGGAAGCUGAUAUUGUUGACGUGGCUACUGAAAAAGAUCCUCCUACAAUUGGUGUCUCUGGAACUGGGGGAAUUUCCCCUCAAAAUGAAGGAUACACAUCUGAACUGGACAUGCCGUUGGAGAGCAACUGUACAUCAUUUCGCCAGACUUUAUGUGUCCAGUGGAAAAAUGCUUAUGCUCUCUGUUGGUUAGACUGUAUCCUCUCAGCUUUGGUGCACUCAGAAAGGUUAAAGAACACUGUGACUGAACUGUGCUCUAAGGAGGAAUCCGUAUUCUGGCAGCUGUUCACAAAAUAUAAUCAAGCAAAUAAGCUUUUGUGUGAGAAUCAGUUGGAUGGAGUUAACGAUGGAGAUUGUAAAAAACUUGCUUCAGAAAUAUAUGCAGAGAUAGAGACCUGUCUGAAUGAAGUCAGAGAUAAAAUUUUUGUUAGACUUCAGCCCCAGCUUAGAUGCGAAUUAGGUGAUAUGGAAAGCCCUGUGUUUGCAUUUCCCCUGCUCUUAAAAAUAGAACCUCACAUUGAAAAGCUCUUCCUAUUUUCUUUUUCUUGGGACUUUGAAUGUUCACAGUGUGGACACCAAUAUCAAAACAGGUUUACGAAGAGUCUGGUCACCUUUACAAAUGUCAUCCCUGAGUGGCACCCACUUAAUGCUGCCCAUUUCGGUCCAUGUAACAGUUGCAACGAUAAAUCACAAAUAAGAAAAAUGGUAUUGGAAAAAGUAUCUCCCUUAUUCAUGUUGCACUUCGUAGAAGGCUUACCGCACAAUGACCUGCAGCGCUACGCGUUUCAUUUUGAAGGCUGUCUUUAUCAAAUAACUUCUGUAAUUCAGUACGAAGCAAAUAAUCAUUUUAUAACUUGGAGUUUAGAUGCCGAUGGAAGUUGGCUGGAAUGUGAUGACUUAAAAGGCCCAUGUUCUGAAAGGCAUGAGAACUUUGAAGUUCCUGCUUCAGAGAUACAUAUUGUUAUUUGGGAAAGAAAAACGUCUCAAGUGACAGAUAAAGAAGCUGCUUGCCUCCUGCUUAAAAAGACUAAUGAUCAACAUGAUUUUGGUAAUGAGAAACCAGAAUCUCCAGCUUUGUGUUCUAUGGGUGAUGCUGCCUCAGCUGAAACAGCCCCAGUAACUCACCCUGCAGAUAUGGCAGUUGCUCCUCAUGCUCAUCCACAGGCUGAAGCUGGAGUUUGUGGAGAUCAUUUACUUUCAGGUCCAAAAGGUUUGGUUGACAGUACUAUUUUACCCUUGACACUUGAAGAAACUGUCCAGCAUACUGCCUCAGUUUUUCAAUUUAACUCUGAAGCUUUCCUGUUAGCAAGUAAACCUGUGGUAGAAAAUACAGGAAUUGUCAAAACAAAUACUUCUCAGUCACAAGAAUCACUAAUGCCUUCUUCAGUAUCAGCUCCAUGUAAAGAAAAUCUUAUCCAAGACCAAUUAGUAGAUCCAGACUUUCCAUCUCAAGUUGUAAAUACAAACAUUCAAUCAGUACAGCUGAAUGUAGAAGAUACUCUAAGUACUAAACCUGUGAAUAAUACUCACACUGCUGGUCUUACACAGGGAGUGAAUUCAGUAGAAAUUGAGAAGGACGCUCAUUUAAAACAAUUGCUUACACCAAAAACUGAGACAAUAAAACCAGAACAAGUUAUAUCUCAAGUAUCUCAUUUGAAGAAAACAGAAACUGCAGCAGAUUCUCUAACCGUGACAGCUAACUCCUUACAGAAUCAGUCUGUGAAAGAAAAUCAGAAGAAACCAUUUGUGGGAAGUUGGGUUAAAGGCUUAUUAAGCAGAGGUGCUUCUUUCAUGCCACCUUGUGUUUCAGCUCAUAAUAGAAACACUCUAACUGAUUUGCAGCCUUCAGUUAAAGGGGCCAAUAAUUUUGGUGGCUUUAAAACUAAAGGAAUAAAGCAGAAGGCUAGCCGGGUGUCCAGGAAAGCUCAUAGGGGUGCAAGUAAGCCUCCUCCAGUGAGUGAGCCUCCACCGGCUGCUCCGCCGUCAGGCAGCACCACUGCUCAGCCACACGUGAGUGCCAGCGCUGCCGCAGAAGUUGGGAAGGGUGAAAAUGCCUCACCCGGAGCUCACCUCAACCACAGUUCUCAUGGAAAUGAAAAUGGUGUUUCUUCAGCAAACCAUGGAGACUCAGUUGAAGGUCAGAUUCAUAAACUUCGCCUAAAACUUCUUAAAAAACUAAAGGCAAAAAAGAGGAAAUUAGCUGCUCUUAUGUCUUCCCCCCAAAGUGAAAAACUUCCAAGUGAAAGUUUAGAACAUGUGCCCCAGGGUGGGUCUCCAAAUGACUGUGAGUCAUUAGAAGACUUGUUAAAUGAACUACAGUAUCAAAUUGACCUUGCAGAUAAGAAGUCUGGAUGCACCACUGGUUCUGGUGUUUCUCCGUACAAUAGUCAAACUCACGAAGAAAUUUUAGCAGAAUUAUUAUCUCCUACGUCUGUUGUUUCAGCAGAACUCUCAGAAAAUGGGGAAGCUGACUUUAGAUAUUUGGAAAUGGGAGAUAACCAUACACCCGCUCCAGUACCUGGUGAAUUAAAUGAUAUUUCCCAGAACACAUAUGUGGGACAGGACCAUAAUUAUUGCAGCCCCACCAAGAAAAAUGCAUGUGAAGGUCAACCAAACUCCCUAACAAAUAAUGCCUGCGUUAGAACGUUAAACUUGGAGAGUCCCAUGAAGACUGAUAUUUUUGAUGAGUUUUUUUCCACCUCAGCAUUAAAUUCUUUAGCAAGUGACACGUUUGACUUACCUCAUUUUGAUGAAUAUCUGUUUGAGAAUUAUUGAAUGCUUAUUAACUCUUUAAUAUUUAUUAUUGCUCUUAGAAAAACUGUGUUUUCAGGUAAUGUUUAUACACUGGCUUUGUGUUAGUAGCCAUGAACAAAAUGUAAGCAACUGAAGGUUUUACCUUUGGUUGUGCCCAUGAAGCAUGUAAUUUGUUUUAUAAAUUAAAAUAAUCAGGAAUGUG